CGCCGCGAUUCCGCGGGCGCGGAACCUGACCCGCCCCCCCCCGCGGAGCCGCCGCGGGAGCCCCAGCGAGUUGCUGGCGGGGCAGAGCGGGGCGGGCUGCGCCGGGGGCUCCGCCGGGAGAGGUAAGGGGGGCCCGGCCGCGGGGGGGGGCGCUGCCGCGGGCACCCCGGGAGGGACACGGUGCCGCCGCGCACCCGGGCGUGGGGAGGACAGCGGACCCCGUGCGUGUCCCCAGCGGCAGGAGGGAGGCGACCCCGGGACCCCAGCCCCGUUCGCUGUGUCCCCGGCGGGGUGCUGGAGCGCAGCGCCGGGGCGGUGCGUGUCCCGGGUGGGCACGGGUCCUGGGUGCGAGCUCCGCUCCCCCCCAGGCAGCCUUGAGCGUGCGAGUGAUACAUCCCACUGGGCACUUUAGGGGAGGUGUGCAUGGGACUGCAUCGCCUCUCAAAGGGGCUUGCAAGAGUCCGAGGUGGCUACCGGGGUGGCAGAAAGCAGGCUCCUUUUGUCUGUAACCGGCAGGAUGGGCAGCCCUGGCGCGGGAGAACUCUGUCAUCUACAAAGCGAUUUUGGGCAGGGGGCUGAGGGCUGCCUUGCCUUACACUGCAACCUGUCCUUCAGGAGCUGAGCAGUCACUCAGCCGUGCUCUUUUGCUCUUCUACGACUUUUAAGGCUUGCUUUACUCGCUAGGCAGGCAGUGGUGUCUGAGCUUCCCCCAUGCUAGGAAUUGCAGAAAUCGAUUCCUGCUAUUUACUAUUGAAAGAGACUGGAGGUCAGCUGAGUUUCUAGGCUCAUCAGGUUUCCUCCUCCUCUUCUCCAAGAAAGGCUCUGGCUUUGUGGCACGUUGGCUGAGGAAAAGCAGCUGUCCAAGUCUGGAGAGGAAAAGGGCAAAACCAACAAUCACACAAAAUAAAACGCGUGGCUUUUCAGGUAGACAUGGUGCAUGUGAUCAGGCCAGUCCAGCCAGCCAUGCCCGUGUCCUCCCAGGUUCCAGACGUGGACAUGUGAGGGAGGUUUAGGUUUGAUUCUUCUAGCAAACACAAGAUUAGGCUCUGGGAUGCAGAAUACAAGGGUUUCCUGGUAAUGUACCUGUGGCAGCAGCUGCCUGGAAAACUUCAUCUCAUUUUGAAGUCUGAUUAAAUUGAGGGGAAGGGAGCUUUCACAGUCUGUCUCUUCUUAGAACAGAGUCUGAGCAUUGAAGCUUAAAUCAAAUUCAACAGCAGCUUUGUAUGUCCAAAGACUACGUGGCCAGGCAGUUUGAUUUUAAAGGGCUGCGUUGUGCUGGCUGGGUAGCCCCCGAUGCGACAUUCUCGUCUGAAGUCAUUCCCAGAGGAGUUACAGUUUUAGUCUUGAUGGAGCAUAGUCGUGUUUUUGAAAUGUUUUUGAACUGGAAGAAAACUCCAGCAGCUGUUCCUGUCAGAAAUGAAUGUGAAUGUGUUUAGUACCUGCAAUGAUACUUCUGCAGCUUGUGAUUUAAUACUAAACAUGACAGCAGAGAGGGAGGCUUGUGCGAGUCCCCCUCUGUCACACGCUCACCCGAGGGAGCAGCCCAGAGAGAGGGAGGACUUUGGUUUCCAGCACAGAACCGGAAUUUGUGAACUGGCAGGGAGGUAGGUUAGUCACUGUCUUGUUUCCACAAGGGUAAAGACCAUGGAAGCACCUCCUGGGGCCAGGUGUAAAGGAGCCACACCAGCAUCCCCCUCACAGAGUAGCUCAGACAAAUGGACCACCUUCUAAUUUGUCUGUGGGGGAAAGGCUUUACAAGCCCCCCAUGAAUGCAGCAGGGCAAAGUCCGAGAUUUUUGCUAUAGUUUUUAUACUGAUCCUACCUUCUCUUGCCUGUACGCUGCACAUAGCUACAGUAUGUCUACAGGAUGUAGUUUAUGAUUUACUUCCAGACGCAAAAAUGACUUUCCAUAUUUCUGUAAAACUGAUUUAUUGUCCGUGUGUCAAUGACAUCAGCAUAUCUAUCAGUGCACGUGAUGCAUUUUUAUCGUUUUCUGUAUCACAAUGAAAGAUGCGUGCUUUACAAAUAGCUCAAGCACAGCCAUAAAAAUAAGGCCUAUCCGAAGUAAUAUGUCAGAAAUAGAAGUUCCUCUCCCCUGGAUUAUUGUUAUUUGCCAGCUUGAUCUCAGAGGACACUUGUAGGUCCCCUGAUGUAUGGUAGGAUGGAGACCUGCCAGGGUUCUGAAAGAAAUAAAAGUCCUGCAGGCUUUGCCAGUUCUCUUCUUCCUUUGCUGCGUGUGUGCAUGCACGCUGAGGAGCAGGAACAAUUCCUUCCAGACUGUUUGUGCUAGGCUUUGCCCUGUCUUGUCACCAGUGCAGCUGUGUGACCAAAGUCCUUCCUUUUUCCCAGGCUCCAUGUUCUUAAUACACAUAUACUUUGCUAAAGCAUCUCAGAGAGGUGGUGUGUGUGUGCUGUGUUCAGCGUGUCUGCUUCCGAGGGCUCUUGAGGAAGAAUAAAAUAUGGCCUAAGGGAGAACAAUGCAUUAUGAGAAUUUCAGGAAUGAUUUGCUCAGCCCUAAAUGAAGGUUGUUUCCAAUUAGGUUAAUGAAGGACGUCAUUCUCAUGGCCAGAGUCACUUAGUGUGGUACAGGAAAGUAUAAAUCACCUGUCCCUCUACAUGGACACUCUUUACCCUCCAAAGAGCACAGGAGAGUAAGGGAAAUUAUUCUUACUAGGCAGAGAAGCAUUUAGCAUCCAAGGUGCUCUGUGGAGGAGAUGAAGCCAGCAGCCCCCUUUCACCACCAGCACUCUGUCCUCCUGCCCACCCAUAGCACAAGGGGGGGCUGCCAGUCUCCAUCACCUCCGCAUCCUCCUCUCCUGCUAGGUUCACUCUCCUCUACACCAGCUUUGCUCCCAGGGUGGGUGACUCCCAGUCCCAAUCCUGGGUGCCAGUCUGCAGCCUGGGACACAGCUGCAGCACUCUGACCCCUCGGCUGGGUCUCGCCCAGUUUGCACUGUCACAGGGCUCUUGUUGCCAGGAACCGCACCUCCCUCCCUCGCAAUCUCUUGCAUAUAGGGAUGUUCAGAGCAACCGGCAUCGUUGAAGGCACUUGUGUGGACAAGUGCUGUAACUAGGGCUGCCCAACAGUGCGUGCAUUUGUCCCAAAGGCACAGGCUCAUGUCUUAAUGCCCAUGUCCAAAAUGUGCCCGUGGGAGCUCUGCCCAUUUUCGAUCUGUUUGUGGUUAAGGGGAAAGAAAGAGUCACUUUCUCAAGAAAUUUUGAAGAGAAACUUUGAAGCUGAUGAGUAUGUAGCAAAACCUCCUCCCUCAUUCUCUUUCCACAUCCACAGUGUCAUACUGUGGGUCUAAUAACUUGGUGGUUUUCUAAUAAAUUUAACUUUAGCAUCAAUUAAAAUGCUUUGGCACACAAGGAAGGGAGAGGUGGACUCCUAAGGACAUUCAUCAUAGAAAGCACAUUGAGAUUGGAUUUUCAUUAGUUGUGAAAUUAAAUACUCUGAAGCAGCUUUUUCACCUUGACAAUUACGAAUAUGCAUCAGAGUGAUGUUCUCACCCAGCCCUGCCUGCUCCUGCAUGUGCUGGUGAGGAGGAAAGCCCGUUUCCUCACAAGCCUUUUAGAGGGUGGCCUGAAAAAGGGAGAAGCUGGGCUCCAACCUUUUCUGCGUCCUUGUGAUGGAGAAAUCUUAUCAGGGAACUUUUCUGCAGCAUCCAAUCAGUUCUGCCUGCACCCUUCAGUUAAAGCCUUAGAUCCCGUAGCUGUCUGUCGUCCACCAGCUGCCUUCCACUAAAGCCCAGAUUUGCCAUUGCUGCUUUUCCUAAGACAGAAUGACUCAGAAGAUUUUAAACAAAACCUGAACACAAGCCCCAUUGAUUUUGCUGUUCUUUAUGAGUCACUGCAUCAUAUGGUGAGGAUUUGAGGCUGAGGACAAGAUUCGCACAGGGCAGGUGAAGAAAGGCUGGGAAAUGUUUCCCUUUUUCCUGCUAGGGAUUUCCAGCACAAGUGUCCAACAAGUCAGGAUUGUCAGUGAAAAUCUCAAGGGAGAACCUGAGUCUCCACUGGACAGUCAAUGAAGGGAGAGGUUCAGCUUGAACCCCGGGUGUGAAAGCACAUGGAAUGCUUGCAAGGGGCCCACAUCGCAGGGUCGGUGCCAGGUAUCCAGGAACAUCUUUUUGUUGGCACGAUUGAUCUUGUAAAGGGAGAAAACGCCCAUCACAGAGCUACUGUGCUCUCCUCCUAUGUGAUGUUGUUGUUCCUCUGCAGUCAGGCAGCGUGUAGGUGAUGCCCAGAGCCUGGCUGGCACUGGGUGUAAGCUGGCAGGAGCGCAGCAGCCGGGCUGGUUACAGAGGAGGGACAGUUUAAAGCUGCCUGGUGUCACCUCUGUGCUGGUGCCUCUGUCUGGGAUUCAUGGGCUCCGCUCAGGAUUCCUGCCAAUUCUAUUCCCCAAGCUCCCAGGGAGCAAAUGGGAAAGGCCACCCUGGAUGGACACCAGCACGUCCCAGUGCCUCAGACGGGCAGACAGGGAGGAGCUUCCCAGGGCUGCAGGUGCCAUCAGUCAUGCUGAGGACGCAGAGAGGGGACAGUCACCUUCAACAUAAACCUGUAAGUGAAAGCCUGAGAGCAGGUGGCGAGCUGAGCAAACUGACUUAUCCUGAGAUGCUUUUAGUGUGGUGCAGAAAGAUCAGGCAGUGAAUUGCUUCCCUGGGUAUCCAGCACGGGGGAAGGAAUGGCGUGCAGCUUCCCAGGUUACUAUUAGCUGAGAUAAAUUCCUGCCUAAACUCUUUUCCCUCUAAGCAGAGCUCAGGGUGGAUCUUGGCCCGUUGCUGUUCAGACUCCAACCUUGCGUGCCCUGGUAAUUACGUUGUGUAGACAUUUACGAGGAUGGCCAGGGAGGUUGCACUCUGCCCAGAGCAGCUGGAAAGCCCAGGCAAGCGGAGGGUGGUGACAGUGACUUCUCAUAACCUCGUAAGCAGCAUCUCUGCUGUGUGGCCACGCUGAGGGGGCUCGGUUCUCUGCACUGUGACCGGGCCAGAUGAAUAGGGAGAAGGUAGGAGGGGUGUAAAGCAAGCACCUUGUGAAUUGUAUUUGCUAAGAAAAGCAAAUUGAUGCAGCUGAACUGUAUCAUGCAAAUGAGGACAUUCAAAUGUGUUAAAGUGGUCCAAGGCUACACCAGUGCCAAAGCAGAAAUGAGAGAGCAAUGUCCACCAGCCAGGAAAGCAAAAGGAAGAGCGGAUCCGGGGAAUAAGCACCUGCAAACCGUGUGCUGGGCUGGCAGCGAGAAGCCCUCCAAGUCAAGUUGCUGCUUUGACACCAGCACUAUGUUAUUUAAAGUAGGAAGCCUCUAAGAUGCAAAUAUUAAUAUUUUCUUACACCUUUUAGCAGGCAAUUAUUAAAAGGUAAUGAAUAUUUAAGGCUGAACAUCAAAACUGCAUGUACAUAAAUUCAAGUAAUAAUGCAUGAGAAGUUACCGUACUGUAUUUCUAUGUACUGGUAACAAGACAGGGGACAUUUGAUAUGUUCAAGUAGCAAACUGCCUGUGUGGCUGCCAGCCUGCCUGGGCAAUCACACUGCUGGGCGCUUGUUGCCCUAGGUGCUUGCAUAUCGAACCCCCAGGGCUACCAGCCUCUUCCUAGCCAGUAGAGAAUGGCUGGGGUUUAGUUUCUUAGUAAAGCACGUGCUGUUGUUAAAUGAAUGCUUUGUUUUGCACAACAAAAGACUAGAAAAGUCCCAGGUGUGGUAGUCAUCUCUCUGAAGUGAAAGAUUGUGGCAGGAUUGUGGCUCUUUUGUACUAGGAAACCCAAAUAGGAGUGGUUAGACCCCCUGGCUGUGCAUGUUUACCUUCACAGUGUCCAUACAGUGCCACAGACUGACUUUCCAGACCCAGGCAGGAGGAUGGGGCUUUUCAAAACAAUACAGGAUCUCUUUCUCAUCACCAAAAGCCAACAAAUGAGUUGGGGAAGGAGGAAAGUGUGCCACACAGCUUCCUGAGAACCUCUGUCAGUUUAGCAGGACAAUGUAAAUGGAGCUUAAUUUAAAAUCACAUUUACAUCAAGCUGUCCAGCCAGUAACCUGGGCAAAAUGUGUCUCAAGGAUGAGGGACUCUGCCAGCAGCACAAGGGCUCUGGCCAUGUCUGCUAGGGUGAGCGAGCCAAAGCCUGGCUUGCUGUUGCUCCUUCGGUCUUCGGCGCAUGGCACCUCUCCCUGCGGAGCACACACUUGUUGGGACUGUUUUGCACAGACCAGUUCUCCUGCUUUCCACUGUCUCUGUUCAUAAGGGGAGCAGGAACCACCCAGAGAGGCCAGAAGUUCAACAGGGUGAUUUGAGAACCACGGAUGAGCAUUGCAACUCCCAUUAGCUAUAUUAACCAGCAUCCUACCUGGCCUGCAAAGGCAGCUCCAUCAUAUUCAUGCCUUGGAUAUGAAGGCGUUUUCACCGGGGUACGGAUAACAAGGGUAGUUGCUCUGUUGGUGAAGUCCAUGUCAGCAAAACCCGUGGAAAGGCUCCGUGUCCCUGCCUCCUGGCCCACGCGAUAGCUCCCAAGCCGCCUCACGGCACUCAGAGGCCAGAUGGGAAAUGCGUCCGACACCUCAGUGUUCAUCUCCACCUUAUCGGAGAGAGAAGACCUGAUCUUUGGCACACUCUAUUUAGUCUUUGGAAUCAUGUCCCUCUCUGGGAACUCGCUGCUCCUGCUGGUGGCCUAUCAGAAGAGGUCCAUGCUGAAGCCUGCUGAGUUCUUCAUCGUCAACCUGGCCAUCAGUGAUUUGAGCAUGACAGUGACGCUCUUCCCCUUGGCCACCUCCUCCUUCUUUGCACACAGGUGGCUGUUCAACCAGGCGGUGUGCACCCUCUACGCCUUCUGCGGGGUCUUGUUCGGGCUCUGCAGCCUCACCAGCCUGACAGUGCUCAGCACGGUUUGCUGCCUGAAGGUCUGUUACCCAGCAUAUGGCAACAAGUUCUCGCCCUGCCACGCCGGAGUGCUGCUGCUGUGCGUCUGGGCGUACGCCCUGAUGUUUGCCACGGCCCCCCUGGCCGAGUGGGGCAGCUAUGGCCCCGAGCCCUAUGGGACAGCCUGCUGCAUCACGUGGAAAGCCUCGAGCAGGGAGGCCACGCUCUACAUCCUCGCCCUCUUCAUCUUCUGCUACCUUCUCCCCUGCCUCCUCAUCCUCGUCUCCUACUCGCUGAUCCUCUGGACGGUGCGGGUGUCCCGGAGAGCCGUCAGGCAGCACGUUUCCCCCCAGCGCAGAGCCCGCAGCGUGCACAGCCUGGUCAUGAAGCUGAGCAUUGCCGUGUGCCUGGGGUUUUUGGCUGCCUGGACCCCUUACGCCGUCGUGGCCCUCUGGGCAGUCCUCGGUGACGCCAGCCAGGUGCCAGCACUGGCCUUUGUGCUGUCGGCCGUCUUUGCCAAGUCCUCAACGCUCUACAACCCCCUGGUGUACCUGCUUUUCAAGCCCAACUUCCAGAAGUUCCUCUCCAAGGACGUGGUGCUCCUCCAGGCCAUCCGCACCCUCCUCUGCUGCGGCUGCCCGAGCACUGCGCUCCAGCCUUUCCCCUCCUCAGGCUUCGGUGACCAUCCUGGAGCCUGCAGAAACUGCAACGAUACUUUUGAGUGUUUCAGUAACUACCCCAAGUGCUACAAACUGCCCCAGGCCCCUGGCAGCUCGCCCCGGCGUGCUCCCCUGGCUCUCUUGGCCGAUAGAGCUGCUUGCCAGCCGGGGCUGAAGAGGACGGUGCAGGUGAUGGUGCUUGUCACACGGAAGAGAUCGAGCCUGGGUGCUGCGAGUGUGGCGGGGGAAGCCCUGCCGGCAGGUAUCAUGAAAGACCUUCUCUGAGCCCAGCCGUGCCCAGCUGUAUCCUGCCAGCGCACGGAAAGACAAACCUGGAUGCAACAUUUCUCUCGCCUACACACCCGAUGGGUCCCCGGCAUGUUCUGCAGAUGAAGCGACGUGAAAAUUUGAAAAUUCCAGACCAGCCUUGCCUCUCCCUCUGGUCUGGCUCUUGCAACUUUGAGCCUAGUCUUUGCACUUGCAAAACAAACAAACAAAAAAAAGACCCCCGGUGCCUGAAAUCAGCCCAGGGUGCAAGCCCUGGGUGCAGUUGCUCCUGCAGUUUGCUCUCUGGGCUCAUGGCCUUUGUUUUUCCAUCCUGGUGCUCUGAUGACCAAGUAGGAACUUGGUUGUCUUAAGAAACAGUGCCUGGCAGGGAGGGCUGGGGGCUGGGGGGCCCCGGGAGCCAUCCUGCCUCCAGCACCAGCCCCUGCAGCCCCCACUGACCGUGUCCUUCCCCGCCGGGGAGCGGGACCAUGCCGCUCAGCUACCUCACUGGGGAUUAUGAAGCAUUUUUCUGUACCUCUCAAGAGACGACUCUUUGUGCAGGUAGCGUUGCCCCACUCCCUUGAUUUGAACACAAACCCACCACCAUCCUACAGAUCGAAAUGGGAGCUUGUCUUUAAGGAUUUGGGGUUGGAAUAAUCCCGGUGCAAGUAAUAGCAGUCCCAGGUCAUGCUCUCCAGGCAGGGGACGGCAGGUCUGUGGCUGAGCACCAUCCCGAGAGGGGCUGUGGCUGCAGGGACAGCUCAUGCCACCUGCACUGCUGCACAGGGGAGCAGCUGCCUGGGCAGCUGCGUCCUGCGGGCAUUUGGAGAUCAGUGUGGGCAGGUCACCCACGGGAAUGGUCUGGGAUGAGAAGGACCCAGAAGCUGUGAAAUGGCCUGAUGCAAAGCCAUGAACAGAAGACUCCCCACGUUACCCGCUGUGGCAGGCGCAGGGCAGGCUUGCAGGCGUCUCUCCAGAAGCGUGGUGCCCCCACGGUGAAGGUCACCUGGGGCUCAGCUCGAGGGGUCCCCAUCCCACCCCUAGCACCGAGCUGCCCUGGGCAUGGUGGGAGCUGGUUUUGCUUUGCAGGGGCUGAAUAACAGCCGGAGUGCUGAGAGAGGUUGGUUAUGUCCCCCCAAAAUUACAAGAUAUAUUCAAGAUGAUGAGAAGAGGUGGGGAACAUGCUGCCCUCUGGCACGCAGCCAACCAACUUACUGGUGGGACCGCUUUACAUUGUCACUGGUGAACGAACAGAACCACGCCGCAACCCGUCACCAGAGCUGCAGCAGUAAAUCAUGGCUGUGCUAAAAGGGAAUAGCGAUCCGCUUUCUGCACCGAGUGCUGGGAAACAGCUGGUGCCCCCAGUGCUGUCACUGGCUGCGAUCUGCCUGCCAGCCUCCCUGCCUGCUCUGCCUGCCUGCUCUGCCUGCCUCCCUGCCUGCUCUGCCUGCCAGCCUCCCUGCCAGCCUCCCUGCCAGCCUCCCUGCCUGCUCUGCCUGCCUGCUCUGCCUGCCAGCCUCCCUGCCAGCCUCCCUGCCUGCUCUGCCUGCCAGCCUCCCUGCCAGCCUCCCUGCCAGCCUCCCUGCCUGCUUUGCCUGCCUGCUCUGCCUGCCAGCCUCCCUGCCAGCCUCCCUGCCUGCUCUGCCUGCCUGCUCUGCCUGCCAGCCUCCCCGCCCGUAAGCCGACCCUGAGCUCUCCCUUCUCCCGCUGCUCUCCAGAUACAGAUACUGCUAUUUUUAGCGGUCGCUCCUAGAACCAGGAUGGAUCACUGCCUUUUCUUAGCACAGCUACGGCAGCCUCCUCCCUUCCAAGGACACACAGCGCUCCGCAGAAGACCCACCAGCUGCAGGGGUGUGCAGAAAUGGAGGGGCGGGUGUGCUCCUGGGGGGCGGGCAGCAGAUGCCCACCACCAGUCAUUUAAGCUGCAAACUUGGUACCGCUGAACCUAGGCAUUAAAAACACCAAGGUUUUUGGCCUUGAUGUUAUGGCCCAAUUCUGGCGUAGGUGGCAAUGGGGCUGGUGUGAGCUCUGCAGUAGAGGAAGCAGUUGCUGCACACAGGGGCACCCAGUGAAGCAGCGCAGGGUGCUGGGGUGCAGGUGGUGCUGCCCUGGCUUUCCCUGUGUGUGCUGCAUAGCUCUCCGGCACACGACAGCAUGGCAGUUGAGGCACUUGCUUUUGUCCCUUGGUCAUUCCACUUAACCACUUUAACUAGCAGUUCCCUUGUGACAGGAGAGGGUCAUCACUGCCUCUGGGGUGCAGUUGCAUCUUCCUGGGAUGGUUUUGCCCACGUGUGAUACCCACAGACGGUUGGGACAGGGCAGGGUUUAUGCACAAGAGCCAAGUAAUAACGGGGAGGCCGUGCAGGGAUUGACUCUUCUGCCUUCGCUCCCUCCUCCUGCUGUGCAACCCCCACCCCCAACCCAAAGAUGUGCAAUAUUUGCAAAAUGCUGCAAACAAACAAAGAAAAAUCAGGGCAGCCAGUGAAGAGAGGACAUUUCCAACACAGGUGCAGGUUUCUAGGAGGGCUGGUCCCCAUCUGGCAUGGGGCAUGGCUGCUCGGCCCCUUGCCCCCCUCCAGCUCGGGCACCACUGCCCGCGCCCCAUCCCAGGCACUCCGGCACACAAGAGAAUCACACGCACUCGGUGUCUCUGCUGAUUUGUCAUCAUGUUCCAGAAAUUGUACAUUUCUAAAGUAAAUUCAUUCAUGCAAAA